AUGGCAACCGCUAAAACGAAGAAAUUUGCUACUAAAGCAGAAAAAAUGAGCUUCUUCGGACAAAAAUCGCAGCCUGCAAGUGAAACUACACGGGCGGCUGCACAAGAUGGCGCGGAAGACUCCGACACCACGAUGCCGCACACAGACCAAGAAACAUCCCAACCUGCAGAAUACCUCACAAAAGGAUUCUUUGAAAAAUCCAUGGAGGGCAUGGCAAAGAAAUUAAUAAGCACAUGGCAAACAACCACGGAACAGAUUAAGAGAGAGGUGAUGGACCUUUCUGCAAGGACCACCUCCGUGGAGCAACAUUAUGAAGAACUAUCAUCGGCGCAAGGGGACUUGACUCAACAACUAAAGGCCCUGCAAUGUCAAAUGGAACACAUGGAAGCCCGAGUAGUGGACCAAGAAGACAGAGCUCGGCGUAAUAAUUUGAGACUGCGAGGUGUGCCGGAGACCAUCCUCCCGGAUGACCUGCCAAUCUAUGUACAGGGCCUACUCCGCGCCUACGCUCCGGACAUUCCGACGGAUAUGCUCCUCGUGGACAGAGUCCAUCAGGUGGCUAAGCCAAAACAAAUACCUGACUCCGUACCCCGCGACGUCCUACUGAGGGUCCAUUUUUACCACAUAAAAGAGCUUAUCCUCCGGACGCACCACAGCAAAGCUGACCCCCACGAAGAUUACUCUACCGUACGUAUUAUGGCGGAUAUCUCCACGGCCACCCUCAGGCGUAGACAGGAAUUUCUCCACACCACCACGGAGCUGCGCACCCACGGAAUAAGAUACAGGUGGGGUUUCCCCACGAAGAUUAUACUCACCAAGAACGGGAAAACCGUGCAGAUCUCGACUCCGGAGGAAGGAAAGAAAAUGCUCGCCAGCUGGGGCUUAGAUCAUAACCCCACCAUGGGGGCAAGGCCUGAAUCCCCCAGGGCAAGCCGCAGAACGAAUAUGGACUAA